CUGUCCCUCCCUCUCCCUCUCUCACCCGUUCUCUUGUCUCUCUACAACCCGUUGGAAGGCAGGCUACAGGUCGAAGACCGUCGUGUAUAUGUCGGAGAAUAGCCGUACAAUGUUGUCGUGACUCGUUGCCCGUCGCGACAGAUCGAACGAAUGGUUACUGUAGUCGUCUUCUUCGUACUCGUUUCCCUCCUCUUCAGCCCUCUUUUCUUGCUCGCCUCUGAUCCUCGUCGUACUCGUGUCAUUUACAUGAUAUUGAAUACAAAAUUACCUGCUUGAUUGCCACUAUGGUCAUCCAUAAUGGACCGUCUAUCCUAAUUCGAAUCACUGAUUUUGAAAGGCACUUUCAGUCAAUGCUUUAUCUCUUUCUAUCGUCAUCAGAGUCAGUCCCAUCCACCUCCUGCUCUCUAUGUUAAUGAGCUCGAGAGAGAGAGAGAGAGAGAGAAAGAUAUCGUAUAACUCUCGUUAGUUUCUAACGAGAUCUAACGUAUUAAUGAAUUCGAUGAAUUGAAAUGUGCGGUUGUACUCUGAUCGAAAAUAGAAGAGUAGAGUUGGAGAUAAGAGUAGAGUGCAAGGAGAGCAUGGACGAUUCUUACGAGGCAUCAGGUCGAAUUUAGGCGCACGAACCAUUAUCUUAAGAUCGUUCCGGAUCUGCUUAAAUCGUAGGACAAUGCAUCGUCUCGGCUACUCGGCCUUAUUCGCCUCAAUACGGUCCAACGGGCAACCUCAAUUUUCGAGGGUCACGGUAGAUGCCUCUCGUGAGACAUGGGAUUACUCAUGAUACCUAUUAUAGAGGAGGAUAGCCUAUCGGUUCUAUCAGGCAAGGGUAAUACGGACAUUAUUCGUGAAAUGGGUUUUGGACCUUCGAGCCACGGCGAUUCGACAAACAGGUGCAACCGGAAACGUUCGAUACGAUUGUUCGAUAAGUUUCCGUUCUCAAAGCACGGCUCCUUCGUUCACCGUUCGAAGGAUAAUUACGUCGAAAGUAGACUCGGCUAAUUAUCCUUGGUAGAAAAAAAGCGACGGGUAUAUUUAUUGCUCCGCUCCUCGUAAAUCACGCGGGCAAGCCACUCGUUCUUCGACGUAGCCCCGACGUGGAGAAUUAAAUACGACGUCCGUAAAGACAAAUUAAGGAUCUCGAGCGAGGUAGAUAGCCGCAUCUCGAAGGAGUUAGAUUUUUCCCCUGAACUUUAUAGUCCCUAUAAGCUUACUCGAGAGCGAUGCGCUCGCGGUUAUACAUCUUAGCGGGGUAUAAAUAGCGGAAUUCGUUGGAAGAACGCGUGGGAAGUCGUAUUCGCGAUCGUAAAUCAACGUUCUAAUCUAUUCGAGGCCAGGUGUAUAUACCUACACCCCUUUCGCCAAGGGGUGAUAUAUACAUAUACAGAUAUAUAUAAUCUACGUAAUCUAGGAACCUAGUGUCCGCAGUUUGGCUAUUUAUAGAUGAGAAAAAAAUGGCCCGUGUCGAUAUAUCGAUUCGCGCCGACCUCUGUGCCUUCCUCCUCGUCGUCUUGAGCCUCCCUGAGUCUCACAGUUUGCUAUUACCUACGAACGCUUUUAGCCGCAUCGACGCUCGCGUGUCUCUUUGAAUUUCAAUAUAAGAGAACCGAUCGAACACACCCUUUUCCUUAUUUUCCCAUUUCGUCGACUCCCUUCCUCUCCCUUUCAAUCUUAUCCUCUAUUGUUUCAAUCGAUAGGAAUUAUAUAAUAUCGUUUACUCCUUUUUUUCUCCCACUUUGCGAAAGCGAGAUAGAAAGGGAAUGCAAUCUGGAGAUGCAUACUCGCGUAGACGUUGUGUUCGUGCGAUUUGCGAUUUAAUGAAUUUCCUUCUCAAAGAAAGAGUUUGAAUUACAGCCGUCUCCCAUUAACUCGGGAAUAUCUCGUGACGAGUUCGAACUAUUAGAUACUUAUUUCGUUCGAAGAUGGUAAAACGAUUUCACGGAAUUUCAGUUUUCAAAGAGACAGGUGUAAUCGAUUUCUCGAAAGCUCGGACAUUUCGCCGAUAGGAUUCUCCGAUUGGAAUAUCCUUGGAUAAAAAUCUUUGUUAAAAGAGAUCUGGAAUUAGGGGAGAGGAAGGAAUAAACAGAGGAGAAAGGAAAUCGGCUUAAUCCCAAGAAAUCGCGUUUCGCGUCAGUCGUUCGACGAGAAUCGAUGGGGAGGAGGGGGAGGCAGAGAGAGAGAGAGAGAGAGAGAGAAAGAGAGAAAUCGAACAACAAUGGAGAAUCUUUCUCUCUUUCGUGCGAAAAAUCCGACGAGCGACGGUUCCGACUACUCUUCUAUCAACCGGCUCACAUCCGAUAAUCCUUUUUCGUCUACCGUUCCUCCCGAAUAGUCGAAUCCUAUCAACGUUGAUUUUUAACCACGUUGCCUCGUUCGAAGGGCUCAAAACAUCGGCUCGGAGGGGUAAAACCGAUUGCCAGGAACUACUACUUGCCGCGUCAGAGAACGGAAGGAGAAUUUGGAAUGGUAUCGAGUCUCGUGUAACGUCUAGGGCUCGAAGCCGUGGAAGAAAGUGGGAGAGAGGAUGGGGAAACGGGAAGCAAAGAGCAAGGCUCGACGGGAAAUUGGUUUCGUUUGUGAAAUUCCUCGAGCAGAAAGUACCACGAAACUCCGUCGCCGUUGCCGUCGUCGUUCACAUUCGCUCGAUCUCUCGCACGAACCCUGCUGAGACGCGCGACGAGAAGAGUUCGAAGCUUUGCUUGUUUAUCGAGAUAUUAUUGGAAUACCUUCACGAAACAGGAGAAUAUAUCAGUCCAGUUGUCUAUCUACUUGGACCAGCCAAUGGACCGACUAUCCGGUAGAGCUAAUCGCGGUCCAACAACGACGUUGAACCAUCCUCCUCAUUAAGAAUAUUGGAAUAUCCAAGUGUUUGUUAGGAAGCGGAGAGAUAUGGUAGUCGCUCGAGGUCUGAUCUCAAUCCUCUUUGCUCCUCCGUACUGUUAUUCCAACGCGAUUGUCCUACGUAGUGAAAGAGAUGGAGAUAAAUUACCGGAAGCUAUGAUCGAUCGACACGGGUACUCGCGUAGAUAUUUAUGCAUACAAACACAUAUAUAUAUAUAUGUAUUUCCCGAACAAAUCUAAAAGCGUAGAGAGUAAAAUUAUAGAUAAAACGUGUAAUAAAUCCCAAUUAAGUGUCUCUCGUUGAUCUAUCGCAGGGGAAUAGGUAUACUCCCAGAGUAUUUUCUCUUCGAUCGGAGAUCAUUAUCUCGACUGGAAUCGGGUACCUUCGAGGAAUGAGAAACUAGUUCGUAGCCGCGGAUAUAGGAGACACAAUGGAUCGCAAUUAGACGUCUUUUGCUGCUGUCGUAGAAAAGGAAUAUAUACCGACUGCAGAGACACGCCGGUGGUAUUCGUUCGCGACGACAGAAUUAGCCGCUUAUACGGAGUGCCGAGCGACAAGUCGUAAAACAAGUUCGCUCGGCAGUCUUUCCUUUUAGGGCAACCGAUUUGUUCCUCAUUUAUCAGACUUUUAAAACAGCCACGAAACGUAUUCUAGAGUGUAUCUCCUUGAUAGGACCAACUUCUUAUGUCAUUCUUUCUUUUUCUCUCGUUCUUUCUCGACUCCUCGAACUCGAGAAAGGCGUCGCGAAACACAAACUUCUCAGAGUGUGUCCGUCUCCCACGCGUACUUCCCUCGCUCCGACGAUUUCUUUUCGGACAAAGCGCGUUCCAAACAUCGGCUGGUACCACGAACGGUGAUUCUUUCAAGCCUGUAAACAGCGCUCGAAGCAGCAUCGAAAGAGAGAGAAACGAAAGAAAAAAAAAGAGAGAGAGAGAAAGAAAAAAGAAAAGAAGAGAUGGAAAGGGCUAAGCGGAAGUCAACGAACCGAGAAGACUCCCUUUCUCUUUCUCUUUCUCUUCUCUACCUUCGCAACGCAUCUCCGAAGGCGUCCAAGUAUUAUCGAUGUACGAUGUGCGUAGGCGUUGAAGAAUCGAUUAUUCCGUUUCCAACGAGCUCGCUCGUAAGAUUGAUUUUUAUACGGAUGGCCGUUUCGAGCCUCACGAAAUACGGGGAGAACAUUCGUCUACCUUUUUAUUCCUCACUUUUUCUCUCCAGUUCGACAAAUUAAAGCGUUCAUAAUUGAAGGGUCUUUGAUCGACGUACGAACAAUCAGUUUAUAGCUCGUGCAUAUCGAAUGAAUGCGGUAUUCCGAUGUUGCGCGAAAACCCCGUUGAAUUUAUAAAUAAAUAAACGAUCGUUUUUUCGAGUGAUGUAGGGAGAGAGAGAGAGAGAGAGAGAGGGAGAGAGGGGGAGGGAGAGGAAUAGAAAAAGAAUAAAAUGCGUUGGACGGUCCGGAGCGUUUACAAAAUUGGAAAUCGACGCGAAAAGAACAAUUAGAGAUGCCAAUGCUAUUGGUCGAUCGUUUUGUUCGACGUUUAACGUGAAAAAACCGCGAGAACCGAUCAUUUCCCGAUGCGCUUCUCUUUGACAAGGACCUGCACGUGUACAUGUGUAUAUAUAUAUGUAUAUAUAUAUAUAGAUAUAUAGAUAUAUACGCGAGCAUGAAAUAUAUCUAUGUAGUUAUAUAGCCGUGGGACGGUCGUAACACCCGAUGAACGGUGUUCGGUACCAUCUGCGUUUAACAUCUGUAUGUAGCGCGUGCUACGCGAAUAGAAAAAACGCGAUAACGUCGAAUAGAAGAAUGUACGAGGAGCUCCAGGUAUACAUUGGCAGGAAGGGAUCGCGAGAGAGGCUCGAUUCGAAAGGAAAUGAUUGAUCGUGCCUCGACGGGGCUCGUGAAUUCAAUGAAAUUGAAUGCCAGCUUCGAAGCCGACUCGACUCCCUCGACGAAGUUCAUUGACUCUAUUGUCGAGCACUUUCGAACGUCAUCCGUUAUAAAUGGAAAUAUUAUAUGUGUGAAUAUACUCUUCUUUUUCCUACUUUCUCCUUUUUUUUCUCUCUUUUUUUCCUUUCUUUUUUUACUCCUGUUAACCCCUUUGACAAAGAUAUUAUCUAUUCGCCGUAAGAUACCGAACCAAGGAAGGGAUUUCUUUGUAUAAUUGCGAAUUCAGGGAAAGAGGGAGCAAGAGGCAAUUGCGUUUCGCGAUAAAAUACUCGAAUAAUCUGCGAUACUCUGACGAUAAAUUCUCUCUCCCUCCGAAAAGUAUAUACCCACCUUCGAGAGACACUGCGAACGAGCUUACGGAAAGAAUUUACGGAGGUUAAACGAGAAACUUGGAGAAUUUGCGCAAGAGAUUUUUCUCAGUGACGCUCGCGAGACGAUCUUUCUAUCGUUAAUCCACUUGUGGUAUUUUCGGUGCAUCCACGUAGAAUCCCAAGGACCCUUCUUCUUCUCUUCCUCGCUUACCUCUUUCUCCUCGUCAUUCUCCUUUUGCUUUUCCAUUUCCAAGCUCGUACAUUCCUCGCUGGUAGAAAGCGACUCGACUCGACUUGCUCGAAAUCGGAAGAAGCGGCAAAUUUGAAAUCCCAGCUAUAGCUGCUAGUGGUGGUGGUGGUGGUGGUGGUGGUUGACGUCGUUACCACCGAAGUGUAAGGAAUAACGAUCGUCUACGACCAAGUAGAAUUUCAGGAACGCGGGCCGCGUUAAUGAAUUGCCCACUCCAUUUGCCAUAGCUCGCAACCCAGCCCAGAAUUACUUACGCUCGAUCAGCGUGAUAAUCUUCGGACGGAAGUGCAAACGAUGGUAUUGCUGUUAUCGAUCCUCCUAAAUUUGCCAUUAUUUGCUAGGAGAUAAUAAACUUUGAUUCGUUCGAACGAAUAUUCGUUCCAUUUGCUUUUUAUCCGUUUGAAAAAUUAGAACCUUGUGUAGCUUCGAACGAUCCGAUUCAUGGAAAAUGAAGUUUAAACUAAGCGACGGCGGCUUCCCCAUUAUGUUAAAAUAUGAAUGCGAGGCAGUUAUAAGGGUUCUUUUUAAACGUACCAUGCCGCGCCGUACCGAGUCGAACGAAGUUGUGCACGUUGGACACCGACGACGGUUCUUUACGUUUAAUACUUCUCGGUACGGCGACCUUAACGUCGCUGUCACCGUCGUCCUCUCUACGUCUCUCUUUAUCUCUCUCUCUCUCUGUCUCUCUGUUUCUCUUCCUCUCCAAGUCCACAAGGACGGCCACAUCGGCCGUAAUGAGCAGACCCGUGCAAAUGGUCACUCUCGUUCGCUUCUUGGACGUUUAACGUCCGAGGAAAUUUCAACCGCAGGAAAGGAACUUCCAGAGGAUCGAAGAAAAUAAUAAAAAGGAAGGAUAAAGUAAGAGGAAGGUCGAAAAAAUGCGGGACAACCGAAGAAGGUCGGCAAGUCCACCGGGAGAGCCAGGACCGCCAGGGAAAAAAGGAAAGAAGGGCAAAAAGGGUGAACCCGGAGAGCCCGGGCCGCCGGGUGUGGCCGGGACGCCGGGCAAGAACGGUUUUCCGGGACCUAUCGGAUUGGACGGACCUAAAGGAGAUGCGGGUCGACCUGGCGAGAAAGGGCAAAAAGGAGAACUUGGAAGCCCUGGCUUCGAUGUCUUCUCAGCAGUAAAGGGAUUGGGGUUAAAGAGGUCGGUGACGACCCUCCGUGGCGGGACACUCGGAUAUGCGGAAAUCGUCGCUCUGAAGGGACUUCAGGAGCAAGGGCAUAAUAUAUCGACGCAAACCAUCAUACAACUCAAAGGUGAACCAGGAGAACCCGGGCCACCGGGUCCACCAGGUCCACCAGGAUCAGAGGGUCUCCCAGGACACGAAGGCAGACAAGGGAUUCCUGGUGAAGUCGGUUCGCCGGGAGAAAAAGGUGCGCCUGGACCAAUCGGACCGAUUGGUCCAUCCGGUAUUCCAGGACUUUCCGGUCCGAAGGGUGACAAGGGAGAUAAAGGAGAUCGUGGGCUGACGACUUCGAUGAAUGGCGAACCAUUUCCAACGGGAAUAUUGGAAGGUCCUCCUGGUCCACCUGGACCGCCUGGGCCCCAGGGCGAGAAGGGAGAGCUGGGUCCGACAGGACCACCCGGUCUGACCGGCGAGAAGGGUGCCCGGGGAAAGCAAGGGAAGAGGGGUUUCAAGGGUGAGAGCGGUAUUACAUUGGCGAGGGGUCCACCCGGCCCACUGGGUCCAAAGGGUGAAAGGGGUUACCGGGGCGAAAAGGGCGCCAAGGGAGACCAGGGCUCGCCAGGACCUAAGGGAGAACAAGGAGCUCAUGGUCCACCGGGAUUUAACGGGACCGAUGGCGAAGCUGGCAUACAAGGUCCACCGGGAUUACCGGGCCUUUCCGGACCCAAAGGUGAGAAAGGCGAGUACGGUGAUAUCGGACCUCCCGGACUCAUGGGACCUCCAGGUUUGCCUGGUCCACCGGGCUAUCCAGGGAUGAAAGGUGACAAGGGUGAAAAGGGCGAAUCGAAGUACAAAAAGCUGAGAAGAAGGCAGGGUGACGGCACCUUCGAAGUCAAUGCCGGCGAAGUGAUUAUGGGACCUCCUGGACCACCUGGACCAGCCGGUACUCCUGGAUUACAAGGUCCACCUGGUAUCAAGGGCGACAGAGGACACGACGGCGCCAAGGGUGAUCCUGGAGAGAAAGGUGCCAAAGGAGAUCCUGGUCCGAUGGGAUUACCCGGCCCCAUGGGACUGAGAGGCGAAUCCGGAAAGCCCGGAGAUUCCGGGAAACCUGGCGCCAUGGGACCCUCAGGACUAGACGGCAUGAAGGGAGCACAAGGGGAGCCUGGAACGAAGGGUGAAAGGGGAGAUCCAGGAUUGCCCGGUACCGAUGGGAUUCCAGGAACGGAGGGACCGAAGGGUGAGAAAGGUGCUAAAGGCGAUUGUGGACCACCUGGUAAGAGAGGAAGAAAAGGAGACAAGGGUAACAAAGGCGAUCAGGGUGUACCCGGACUAGACGCGCCCUGUCCCCUCGGUCCUGACGGCCUCCCAUUGCCAGGCUGCGGUUGGAGACCACCUCAGGACACGACGAGUACGUCGACGCCAGUGAUCGAAGGACCAGAACCCGCGGAAACGGAUUACGAGCCGGAAGAGGAGUACGAGGAGUAUCCAGAUCACAACGGGAACCUAGCGGAGCCAUAAUGCUCAUUGUGCGCUGCCCUACUCACCACUACAACCACCACCAUCACCAACACCCUCAUCACACGACUCACCCUGCUCUCCCAAACUAACGUGGUCCUGCCAAGAAGUAAUAUUCUGCGCGAAUGGCUGGCGGAGGAGGAAGAGGAGGAGGAAGAAGGGCAGUGACACAGAUGGUUCACUGAAAGUAGCGCAUUUUCAUCAAGGACCUUCCUAUAUCCGCGUCGCUAACGCACACGACUCACCAACGACUCACCGUAUUUCGAAUUCGAUGCGAUCGGUUUAGCGACAUAUCACGCCAAACUAAUCAUCUUGCCACAGAGGAGUGUUGUAAAUAAGUGUACUUACAGUGUCUAGCGUCCGCAGUGCGUGUACAUAAAUAAUUAGUUUACUGCUACAAUUAGGAUCCAUGGUGAUGACGAUGAUGGUUGCACGAUCUCUCUCUCUCUUUAUCGUUCUCUUCCUUCCCCCCUUUCUCUCUCUCUCUCUCUCUCUCUCUCUCUCUCUCUCUCUCUUUCUCUCUCUCCUUCUCUCUUCCCUCUUUCUCUCUUUCUCUCUCUCUUUCUCUCGCUUUCCAUCCACAAAGUCAUCAGGCAAUUCUCUAGAGGCUCGAACAACAAUAUCCAAAUCCCUCCUACGACGACGAAGAAUGACUUUGAGAGAGCGAUCGUGAUCCCGGUGUUAGCUUCUGUCUCCUGCUGAAGUGUAUUGAUCGAUCGAAUACGGUGAUGCGGCGCAUAGUGCAAGAGACUCACUUGUUUGUUUUUCUCUCGAUGGACAAAAAGAGAUAGCCAGGAUUGAUAAUUAUUCUUGCUACGAUCGUCGUAUUUCGAGGGCUUCGCUAUCCUACGUGUAAUUUCUGUGUGUGUGUACGGUUGAUAUGCGAGACUUCCUUGUUCCCCGCAAAUCUCCAGGAAGGAACGUCUAGGAUAUAAUUUACCUAGUUCAUCGACGGCUACGCGGUACUUCCAAAGUCAAUUUUGCUCGUAAUAACUAUUACGUUCAGAAUAAAACUUGUCCUGCGUAUCAUAAGUGACAUAAUAACAAAAUCCAAUAAGCCAUCACCCGCUAUAUUCGUUUCGGAUUCUACGAAAGAUUCCUCCAAUUCGCUGCGAGAGAUCCAGAUUUUUAUACGAUUCUAUUCGAGUCGCGAGACCCGUGCGACUCUGCUUUCUCGUCGACUAGAGAUAUCGCUAGUUUUUAAAUGGAACGAGUAAUGUGUACACAUUGUCAAUAUUAGCGAUUAUAAAAUAAAUUUUAAGCGUAUAUCUCGGAUAUAUUAUGCCGUUUCUACGUCGGUACAGAUUUCACCGUGCUGUUGCGUGGUAGUCCGAAUGUUAAUUCCGUGUAUUCGAUGGACAGCUUGUGGACGAAGAUAGGCGGAUGAAUUGGACUACGAUUUUACCCGUCCGCUUCCAACGUCUCGAUCUUCCUUGUUCGCACGAGCAAGCGAACCUAACGAUAUCGUACUCGCAAUGAAGGGUGAAGAUUUUCUUCGUUCCUUCGAGUAUAGUUUUUGUUAUUUCUCGCUAUAAGUGUACGACAGUGUAUUAUAAACUUAGUUUUGUACCGAUUAAAUAUUUAUUAAUGGUUACAA